UAGGACAAUCACAGCACGCUAUACUCUACACGACACGCAGACAUGGAACCUUCACGCAUCAUUUGGGUAUUUGCUUUUUGUGUGAUUGCAGCUGUCUCUGCAAAGGUCGUAGUAAAGGAUGGAUGCUCCCAGGGCCCCGAGUUCUGGUGUCAGGAUCUGGUGACAGCCGCUCAAUGUGGAGCAAUCGACCACUGCAAGGACGCUGUGUGGAAAGAAGGAGAGGAUACCCUGUGUGUCCAGUGUAAACAGAUUGUGACACUCCUACUUAACAUGGUAAAAGCUUCAUCUAUCCAGGACACCAUCAAGAAUUUUCUUCACAAGGAGUGUUCCCAUCUGCCAGUCUCUGCUCUUAUACUCCAAUGUCACCAACUGGUGGAACAAUACCAGGGGGUCCUGAUUGAUCUACUGGAAAGUCAAAUUAAUCCACAAUCUAUAUGUAGUAGUCUGACCCUCUGUUCAUCUGACCAAUCAAGUAACUUGAACUCAGAGCUGCUGACCAAUCAUAUCCUUGAGACUGUAAUACCUCUUGUACAAGAAAAUUUACAGAAUGCCUAUUUCAAAUCUUACCAGAAACAGAAUGGCGAAGGAGACUUGCCAAUCCCACUGCCAACAUGCUGGAUGUGCAAAACAUUUAUUGGUCGAAUCGAGGCAGCCAUCCCUAAGACCCUUAUUGCCAAGUCAGCCACUGCACUGUGCCUUGCUCUGCCAGGAAAGAUUGCCGGUGUCUGCCAGUGCUUGGUAGAGAAAUACACCAUUAUUUUACUGGACACUAUUCUGAACAAAGUGGGGCCAAAGCUGGUGUGUGGACUGAUCUUUAUGUGUUCCACGGAUGAGAACUGUGGAUCAGACCUACCCGUGAAGCCAGCAUUGAGCUCUGAUAUAACCUGUACCAUGUGUAUGGUGGUCACACACUUGGUAAAACCCACCCUUGGUGAAAAUGCCACCCAAGCAGACAUAAAAGCAGCUCUCGGCAGAGUGUGCUCUGACCCCGAACUGGAUUUUAAUGCAUGCCAGCAAUUCAUGCAGGAGCAUCAGAUUGAAAUGAUCCAGAUUCUCCAAAACCCUUGGGAUCCCAAGUUGACCUGCCAGGAAGUAGGUGCCUGUCCUGUUUCUAGUACUGCUGCUGAGGGGCGUUCUGGUUGCGCAUCUGGACCAUCGUACUGGUGCAAAAGCCUAGACAAUGCUAAGGAGUGUGAGGCUGUCAGUCACUGUUUGGAACAUGUGUGGCAUUAAAGACCUCUUCAACGCAAUUCCAGAAUGCAGGCAUUACGACACUCUAUUCUGUUGAGAUCAGGUUCUC